AUGAUCGAUAACCAUACAGAGGCUCUGCCCUCUGAGCCUGUCAAAUCUCCCAUUGAGCGCAAGCCAGUGGGAGGAGGCAUCCCACCCAAAGAUCCCGCCGUCGAACGAUCCUCGACUCUUCCUCAACGACCUGCGGAAGACAUGAACGGAAAGGUGGUGGAUGCUACUUGCGACAACUGCUCAGUACCUCAAAGGAAGUCUACUUCUACGAGGAGCAAAUCCCCUCCAUCGCCCAUCAAGAUCGACAAGUCGAAGCCCGAGGAUUUUGAGGGCGAGCUUGCAACGAACAACGAGAUUCCCUCCCCGGAGACCCUUAGGAAGAUCGAGAACUACCUUGUUCUUGACCGCCAUGGCAAAUCACAUCCUUUCAAGACUCUCUACACUGGUAGCAACGUCGCACGACGCGUGCUCGUCAUCUUCGUCAGGCAUUUCUUCUGCGGUAACUGCCAAGAAUUCCUCCGCUCCCUGUCCGAAGCCGUAACUCCCGAAGCUCUACUGCGAUUGCCAGUCAGCACCUUCAUCGUUGUCAUUGGAUGCGGUGACCCCUCUCUCAUCGAUAUGUACGUCAACGAGACAGGAUGCCGCUUCCCAGUGUACACAGACCCGACAAGAUCCAUCUUCAAUAAACUUGGCAUGUCAAAGACGCUACAAAUGGGCACCAAGCCUGCCUAUAUGCGCCGAAGCAUGGCCCAUAGUAUUGUGGGUAGUAUAGUCCAGGGCGUCAAGCAGAUUCCCCAAGGAAACGUCCUCAAGAUGGGCGACCAGCGUCAAGUGGGCGGCGAAUUUCUCUUCGAACCCCAAGAUAUCCUCACCCCUGUAUCGACACCACGAAACGAAAAGCCACAGCCCGUAGGCGCAUUCGAAGAAGCAGAGGAACGAGGACCAGGCAAUAGCGGACAUGGGCACGAAGAGAAGAGAGUAACGUGGUGCCAUCGCAUGAAGACAACACGCGAUCAUGCCGAAAUCCCCGAGCUUAUCGAAGUACUGGGACUCGACCAGGCCGCAGCAGUACCUAGUGGCCGAGAAGCGAACCGCAAUUCGGUCACAUCGGCUCGCAAGGGCAAGGGACGUAGCAUGGCACAGGAGAUCAGAAAGCUGAGCGCCGAAAGAUCUAGAACAUCUGACGAGACAUGA